AAAGUAAGAUGAUUCUCCGAGUGUGAGACGUCUUGUGUUUAGAAGUAGUAUUUUGGGGUCAUAUCUCUUAUAGUGCUCAGUCAACUUGGACGUCGCGAGAUCGGUGAAUGAAAGCGAAAAACGAAGGAUAGGAACGAGGUCAUUGUUUCGUAGAGAAUGAGAAUGGUGCGUUUUAUAUAAUUGAAAAUAUUAAGGCAUAAAAUGCGCUGGAAAGGCCCAAGCAUGUUUCAUAUUGCUCAUAUUUGCCGGAGUCACGACAACAACUUUGUCUCGCGCAGCGUCAGUGCGGCGUUGCCAAGUUCGGCGAAAAGUACUUUGGAAUAAAAUGCAUUAGAAAUUAUUUGUUGUACAGACUUAGAAGUGUUAAUCCAAUAGACCGAAGGCUGGUGUGAAAAUGGACAUGUGUAACGAAGCGUCACUACGCCUUGAAAGUUUGAGGUUAUUAGUACGACACGAUUCCGCUCGCAAGUAUUGUCGUUUGUCAUACAAUAUGAGCGGAAGGGAGCUGAUUCUUUCUGGUUCGUUACGAUUAGGGAGAAGAACCGUAAUUGUCAAGAAAAUGCAUUGGAAAUUAUGCGUUGAACAUACUAGGUCAUUUUUACAUAAAUCGCAACGGCCGAAGGCCAGAGCCUUGGCACCUCAACUUGGAAAUAUACGAAGCGAAGCGUCAACUGAGGUGACAUGUGUACAUUUUUAAGUGUGUGUAGGUGGUAUCAUGUUAACAGAACUUUACGAAUGAUUCAGUGAAAUUCAAAACUAUAGUACUACACGCCUUGUCUCUCACUAAAUUUAGCACUCCUAGCAGCAAUUUGUUUCCAGUUUGAGCAAAAUACCUAUUCCUUGUCGCUGUAACAGGCCUACUUCACCUACUGUAACAAACUCGUGUUGACUAAUGUGCACUUCAUCCUGCCAGUCCGAAGUAAUAUGAUUCGAAGAUGUGCCUAUUUCGGACUUCAUCCACUCAUAAUGCGACCUUUAACUUGCUAAUUCGCUAUUUAGUCUGAUUCGAACAUUUGCCGAAACGGAUGGAAAAUAUUUCUGAGGGAGUUACACGUACUACACUUAUACUGUACGUACUUGUGGAGAACACGUUCUACAUCGGAAUCGGCCGGCCGUAGCAAGUAGGGCCUGUGAACACCUGUGAGGGCAAUGGCAUCCGAGGGGAUGGAUGCAUUUUGUGGAUCCCCAUUCUGGAAUGCUUCAGUUACUUGGUACACAAACAGACCAGAUUUGACAGAAUGUUUUCAGAAGACUGUUUUAGUUUGGGCCCCAUGUGUAUUCUUGUGGGUAUUUGCCCCUCUGGAAACCUAUUACAUACUGAACAGUAAAUUUAGAAAUAUACCAUGGAAUUGGUUAAAUAUUUCAAAACUUUUUCUGACUGUUGUACUCAUAGGUUUGAGUAUAGCAGACUUUGGUUACGCUUUAUGGAAAAAUGAUCAAGAAAGAGAAGUAAAUUCAGUUGAAUAUUACACUCCUCUCAUUAAAUUGGUUUCAUUUAUUUUAACAGCUGUUUUACAAUGGUAUAAUAGGCAACGUGGUAUGAGGACUUCCGGAUUGCUGUUUUUAUUUUGGUUUCUUUUGCUUCUGUUUGGAAUUGUUCAGUAUCGUGCAGAACUGAACAAAGCAAUAGAUGAUGCAGAAAAUGAGGAUUAUUUCACAUUCAUCACUUACUUAGUUUAUUUUCCUGUGGUGGUUAUACUGUUCUUGUUUAACUGCAAAUCUGAUGCAGCACCAAGAUUUUCAGAAUAUGCUACACCAGAGAAUCCAUGCCCAGAACAAGGAGCUUCUUUCUUAUCGCGUCUCUUCUUUGGUUGGUUUGAUGCCUUGGCAUUAAAAGGUUUCAGACGACCACUGGAGACCAAAGACUUAUGGAAUAUGAAUCCUGAAGACACAGCUCAUGAAAUUAUUCCUCGAUUUGACAAAUACUGGCAGAAGUCAGUGGAGAAAUCUGCUAAGAUGUUCUGGGUUAAUUUUGGUGUUCCAAGUCCCAAAGCUUCCUUUCACAAGACAUCAGCAAGUGUGGAUCUUGUUGGUAAACGUAGUAAGAAGACCCAAGCUUCAGUAUUACCUGCAGUGUGUAAAGCGUUUGGUGCUACUUUUCUUUUUGGGUCUUUACUAAAACUUGUUCAAGACCUAUUAACUUUUGCUAGUCCUCAGAUAUUAAAGUUGUUGAUUUCUUAUGUUUCUGAUGAUACAUAUACAGAAGAGUGGAAAGGUUAUUUUUAUGCAGUUCUCAUGUUUCUUGCUGCAUCUAUUCAGACACUGUUUCUUGCCCAAUAUUUCAACAGAAUGUUCCUAGUGGGAUUGCGAAUUCGCACGGCUUUGGUGUCAGCUAUUUAUCGUAAGGCAUUACGAUUAUCUAGUGCUGCACGUAAGGAGUCUACAGUUGGAGAAAUAGUUAAUCUCAUGUCUGUAGAUGCUCAGCGAUUUAUGGAUUUAACAGCUUAUUUAAGCAUGUUAUGGUCUGCACCCCUGCAGAUAGCAUUGGCAUUAUACUUUUUAUGGGAUACUUUAGGCCCUUCGGUACUAGCUGGAUUAGCAGUUAUGAUUAUUCUUAUUCCUGUAAAUGGUGUGGUAGCCAAUCGGGUGAAGGUUUUGCAGAUUCGUCAAAUGAAAAAUAAGGAUGAACGAGUGAAGUUGAUGAAUGAAGUACUCAGUGGCAUAAAAGUUUUAAAACUGUAUGCCUGGGAACCUUCAUUUGAGCAACAAGUACUUAAAAUUCGUGACAAGGAAAUUCAUGUACUUAAACAAGCAGCAUAUCUAAAUGCUGCUACCUCCUUUAUUUGGUCAUGUGCUCCAUUCUUGGUAUCUUUAGUGACCUUUACUACUUAUGUGAUGAUUAGUGAAGACAAUGUAUUGAAUGCACAGAAGGCGUUUGUUUCCCUCACUUUGUUCAAUAUAAUUCGAAUGCCUAUGUCCAUGCUCCCUAUGCUCAUUAUCAACAUGGUUCAGGUUUCGUUAGUAACCUUUGCUACAUUUGUCCUUUCUGAUGAGAGGAAUAUCUUGGAUUCAAAAACUGCUUUUGUUUCCCUGUCAUUGUUUAAUAUCUUGCGUUUCCCGUUGUCUAUGCUACCAAUGUUGAUAUCAAAUUUGGUUCAGGCCAGUGUAUCUAUUAAAAGAAUGAAUAAAUUCAUGAAUUCUGAAGAACUGGAUCCAAAUAAUGUAACACAUGAUAAUUCUGAGAAGCAUCCUCUUCUUAUUGAAAAUGGUACUUUCUCUUGGGGCCCAGAGGAUGACCCUAUCUUGCGAAAUAUUAACCUUCAUUUUAGUUCAGGAUCUCUUGUGGCAGUUGUUGGCAGUGUUGGUUCUGGAAAGAGUUCCUUGAUAUCAGCUUUCCUUGGGGAAAUGGAAAAAUUGACCGGAAGAGUUAAUACAAAGGGCUCAAUUGCAUUCGUACCUCAGCAAGCAUGGAUUCAGAAUGCUACAUUACAAGAUAAUAUUGUGUUUGGCAGGUCUAUGGAUCAAACUGUGUACAAACGUGUUGUGGAAGCUUGUGCACUCAAACCAGAUUUUGACAUGUUGCCUGGUGGAGAUCAAACUGAAAUUGGUGAAAAGGGUAUAAAUCUCAGUGGUGGACAGAAACAACGUGUGAGUUUGGCAAGAGCUGUGUACAAUAAUGCAGAUGUUUACUUCUUGGAUGAUCCACUUAGUGCAGUUGAUAGCCACGUUGGAAAGCAUAUUUUUGAAAAUGUAAUAGGACCAUCUGGGCUGUUAAAAAAAAAGACAAGAGUCCUUGUUACUCAUGGCAUUACUUUCUUACCAGAGGUGGAUCAGAUUGUUGUACUUAAAGAUGGGGAAGUAACUGAAAUGGGAACUUACAAGGAAUUGUUGGAAAAGAAAGGUGCUUUUGCUGAUUUUCUGCUACAGCAUUUGCAGGAAGGCAGUGGAGAUGACAGUACUUCCCAAGCUGAUUUAGACGAAUUAAAACAACAACUGGAAAGUACAAUGGGAGCUGAAGAGCUCCAGCAAAAAUUAAUUAGAGCUCGAUCACGCAUCUCAGAAAGUGAUUCUGGAUCUGUAAGUGAAAAACGUUCCCUGUCAAGAUCUGGUUCGUUACAAAGACAAACUUCUGUGGAAAGUAAUGCUGAAAAGAGAAGCCUGUCGAGAUUAAAUUCAGAGAAAGAUGGUGCAGUGAAAGCUCCUGUUGUUGGUGAAAAACUAAUAGAAACUGAGAAAGCAGAGACUGGAAGUGUCAAAUGGAGUGUGUAUUCUCACUACUUGAAGUCCAUUGGCUUGGUGCUAGCUGUAUCAACUCUCCUAUUCAAUGUGUUAUUUCAAGCUUUUUCAAUUGGUUCAAAUAUGUGGCUAUCGAGAUGGUCUACUGAUUUACCAGACGAUGGAACUGGUCAAGAAGCUUCAAAAAGAGACAUGUACUUGGGUGUGUAUGGUGCAUUAGGUGUCGGUCAAGCUGUAUCAGUGCUUAUAUUGUCACUGACAAUUGCAUUGGGCACUCUAGUCGCUGCAGCCUAUCUCCAUGAUUCUUUGCUCACUAACGUGCUACACAACCCAAUGAGCUUUUUUGAUACUACUCCUGUGGGCAGAAUUGUCAACCGGUUUGCUGUCUCUGUUGUAUUGGCAUCUGUGAUGACAUUUGUUGGUGGUUUGAAAGCAGCUCGUGUCAUCCAUUUAGAAUUGCUCAAAAAUAUGAUGAAGACACCAUUAGGGUUUUUUGAUGUGACUCCUGUUGGUCGCAUUUUGAAUAGGUUUUCGAAAGAUGUUGAUACAUUGGACACUGUUUUGCCUAUGAUCAUCAGAGGAUUUUUGUCAUGUCUUGUUUCGUUGAUGCAAAACAGUAAUUUAGGGAAAGUCAAGCUGCAAUGUGGUGAGAAAUUCUUUCUACUUGCAGCAAUAUUUUCCUUCUUUUGUGACCUGUCCCCUCAGCUGGGAUGCUGGAGAGCUGCUGUGGUUUUGCAAGUGAUCAUGUUGAGUGGCGUCCUUCGUGCUCCACUUACUUUCUUUGAUGUAACCCCCAGUGGUCGAAUUCUUGGACGUUUUUCAAAAGACAUUGAUAUUUUGGACAACACUUUGCCGAGACAAGUAUCUGAUUCAUUAUAUUGUUUUUUUGAGGUUGUAGCUACAUUAUUUGUAAUCAGUUACAGCACACCUAUCUUCAUUAGUGUUAUUGUGCCUGUAGGAAUUCUUUACUACUUUGUUCAGAGAUUUUAUGUUGCCACAUCAAGACAGUUAAAAAGACUUGAAUCGGUUUCAAGAUCUCCUAUAUAUUCUCAUUUUGGUGAAAGUAUUACAGGAGCAUCUACCAUCAGGGCAUAUGGAGUGCAAUCAAGGUUCAUUCUUGAAAAUGAGAGCAAAGUUGACUUUAACCAGAUUUGCUACUACCCUACAAUAAUUGCCAAUCGGUGGCUAGCAGUUCGUUUGGAAAUGGUAGGAAAUUUAAUUAUACUCUUUGCUGCUUUAUUUGCGGUUAUGCAGAAGGAAAAUUCUUCGGAAGGUGAUGUUGGUCUGUCAAUUAGCUACGCAUUACAGAUUACGCAGACGUUAAAUUGGCUCGUAAGAAUGACUUCUGAUGUGGAAACAAAUAUUGUUGCAGUUGAAAGAAUCAAGGAAUACAGUGAAACUCCUCAGGAGGCAGAGUGGGAUAUUCCUUCUUCGGCGCCUCCUCCUUCAUGGCCAGAUGAAGGUGCAGUAGAUUUCAAGGACUAUCAAGUUCGUUAUCGAGAAGGUUUGGAAUUAGUACUGAAAGGGGUAACCUUUUCUGUGAAAGGUGGAGAAAAGGUGGGCAUAGUUGGUCGUACUGGUGCUGGCAAGUCUUCCCUGACCUUGGCUCUCUUUCGUAUUAUUGAAGCAGCUGGUGGAUCUAUCUUGAUUGAUGGACAAGAUAUUUCAAAAAUGGGCCUCCAUGCUCUUCGUUCUCGCCUUACAAUUAUUCCUCAGGACCCUGUACUAUUUUCGGGUACAUUGCGUAUUAAUUUAGAUCCUUUUGGACUGUAUUCUGAUGAUGAUGUCUGGCGUGCCCUGGAACAUGCUCACUUAAAAAGUUUUGUGAAAGGCCUUGCAGCUGGUUUAAGUCAUGAAGUAUCUGAAGGAGGUGAAAACUUGAGUGUUGGUCAAAGGCAGCUGAUCUGUUUGGCACGGGCACUUUUAAGGAAAACAAAAGUUUUAGUUCUUGAUGAAGCUACUGCUGCAGUCGACCUGGAGACUGAUGAUCUGAUCCAAUAUGUUAUUGCAAAUUAUACUAUCAGAUAUGUUCAUUGGAGACUUAGGAUAAGAGUCAUAGUUCUUGAUAGAGGAAAUGUGGUGGAAUAUGACACCCCAGAUGCUCUUCUUCAGAGAAAGAGUUCAGUGUUCUAUGGAAUGGCAAAGGAUGCUGGUCUUCUUUAAAAGUAUUUGUUGUUCCACAAUUGUGUCCUUGCCAGUGUUCUGGGGCUGUGAACUUCAGACAUCAGGUUGUGUUCAAGCAGAAAAUAUCCUGCCAGUCACCAACAGUUUAUUUUAUUUUGAUAUUUCUUUUCAUUGUUCAUGCAUUUUCACUCUGAAGUGUAUCCAUAUGCAGAAUAGUGUUUUCAUACAGGUUUUUUGUAUGAUUUUUUUAAAAAAAAAAAAAAGAAAGACACUGAAAUGCAGUCCAGCGAAUGGGUGGGGUUUGUUCUUUUAAGUGAUUAAUUUAUUGUGAUUUUUUAUUGACUUUUUUGUUUGUUUGGUUUUAACCCCCCUACAACUGUCACACAAUUGUGUUAAUGUUUUGAAUGUGUUUAUGUACUUAUUGCUGUGAGAGACUUUUUACUUAAUUUUGAGCUGUUUUUUUUAACAAAACUCCUCAAAACUUAAUUGAAUCUAAUUAUUUGUUCAAUGUACAUAUCCUCACAGGAAAAAUUAUGGCAUGUCAUGAAUGUGUGCAUUUUCCUCAUUUUAUAUUCUACAAAUACUUAGAUUGCAGUUCAUACAAAUGCUGUACAGUACAAAAUAAUGUUCUUCUUACCCCACCCUGCCUUUUUGUUUUCAUGAACUUUACUUUGUCAUAAUAUGGUAAAGUAUAUUAUGGUUUAAAUGUAAUGAGAAUUUACUGUUUACUGUCUAAUGCAGCUAUGUACUUAUCAAGUAUAUUUUAUUUUCACUAAUUUUCAAAAAGGUGUUUUUUUUUUUUCUUUUAUAUUUUCAAAUAGUUCCUUAUUUUAAGUUGGAAUUCCAUAGAACACGGAGGCCACUGGAAGAGUAAAACUUGAGUAUUUUAAUUUAAAUGGUUGCUGCUUUCAUACAAUAGAUUGUUUGUUUCUGUAAUGAAAGUGAUAAAGAACUCAUAAAAAGGUAUUGGAAAUAUGGAGCUGUGCUUUACAUUGUUGUCUGUGAUGUACAUGAAAAGAUCAUGCAGAAAAUGUUGCAUUUCAUAACGAGUGCUAAGUGCCUACACUGCAUGUUGAAUGAAAUGAAAUCAAGAUAUGAAUGUUUUAUGCGAGUGAUACCAGAAAUUCUUUCCAUGUCUGCUGUUGAAUAAUUUCAUUGCAAAAAGAAAACAACUCGUCUGUAUCUAAUUUGUAUGUCAGUAUUUUUACCAUGUGCAGGAGGAUGUUUGUCCAUGGCUGUGCCAAUUAAGUAUUAGCAAGUUCUAAACUUACUCGGGUUUAUGAAUGAAUGUGACUUCAGUUAUAUGCAACACAUUGGCUGAUGAAUUUUCAAAUUUGGCAUUAUAAGAUUAAAAAUAUUGUUUUGCAACCAAUUGUCAUCUUCACAUAAGUUGUAAUUUGUUGAUAUGUUAAUGAAUGUAAAGAUGAGGCAGUUAAUUUCAUUUAUUACCUGUUAAUAUUUACUAUAUUAUCCUUAUUUUGAAAAGUGAAAUUUUCGUCUGCCAGAGUGGUUCUUGAAGUCACAAUUGUUAUAGAAGAAAUUUGGAUAUCAGUGGUAUGUUGAGAAAUUAUAGAUCUUGGAUAAGUAAUUUUGCUGUAUUGUGAAGUGGCCAUUUUCAUACGAUUUCAAGUAUUUAAUUUUUCAUUCAUUUUUGUAUAAAGAUCUAUUCAUCUUUGUAAUUACUGCCAUUGCGCUAUCAACGCAAUGAGAAUCAAUGUAGAUAGUUUUCUGAAAGGCAAUAAAAUUGCAGUAAUUUUGUUUAUACCUGUUGAAGUUAUUGUCCUUAAUAAAGAUAAUUUUAUAUCCUCUCCAGUAAUCAGAUUGUACACUAUUUCUACAGUGAUUAUAUUAGAAAUGUAAAAUAUGAACAAGGUUUAGCAAGUGG